UGAAAGUAGCAUGAAGCGUAUACUGUGCUUGACCGUACUAUUCUUGCUUCUUUUUAAUAAACGUGGCAGUAUUUCGGCCUACUAUCUGGUCAAUACUCCAUACGAUGAGGAUCAAAAAAACUGUGAGAGUUGCAAUCCUUGGAAAUCGGACCUUUUGAACGUUCAUCUAAUUGCUCACACACAUGAUGAUGUAGGCUGGUUGAAGACGGUUGACCAGUACUACUAUGGAUCAAAUAAUUACAUUCAGAAGGCAGGAGUCCAGUAUAUUUUGGAUACCGUUGUUCAAUCUUUGGCUGCUGAUCCAGAAAGACGAUUUACUUAUGUUGAGAUGGCGUUUUUUACGAGAUGGUGGCGAGCUCAGUCCCCAAAAACAAAGGAAUUAGUGACAAAACUUGUCAAAUCGGGUCGUUUGCAGUUUGCACUGGGAGCGUGGUCUAUGGCGGAUGAGGCCACGGUACACUACGCUGAUGCCAUCGAUCAAAUGACACGAGGUCAUGACACGUUAAAAAGGUUAUUUGGGGACUGUGGAAUUCCACGGGUUUCGUGGCAAAUCGACCCGUUUGGUCACUCGCGUGACCAUGCUGAGAUCUUUCGUGACUCUGCUCUCGACGCUGUAUUUUUUCAGCGCAUGGAUUAUCGAGAAAAGCUUGCUAGACGGGCAUCCAAGUCAAUGGAAGUCUUAUGGGAUACCAGCGUCCCUCAGAAGGAUACUUCGCCAGGCCUGUUUACCAGUAUGUUUUAUGACUCUUACUGUUAUCCAGCAACAUUCUGCUUUGAUGAAAAGUGUUACGAUGCACCAAUUCAGGAUGACCCAGAGAUGACGGGUUACAAUGUAAAUGAGCGCGUAAGUCAAUUUUUGGAAUACGUGGACAGGGUCCGUCAGUCCUUUGCCACAAAUCACAUUAUGGUAUUGAUGGGAUGUGACUUCACCUACGAAAAUGCGAAUACUAAUUUCAAAAAUACGGACAAACUCAUCAAAUAUGUCAAUGCAAGACAAGAACAAGGAAGUCGAAUAAACCUACUCUAUUCGACUCCAUAUUGUUACACACUCGCUGUUAAUGAGGCCUUUAAUAAAUCACGCAAGAUCGAACGCCGCAGGGGCGACUUCUUCCCUUAUGCAAGUGGACCGUCUUCCUAUUGGACCGGAUUUUACACUAGCCGUCCAGCUUUGAAAGGCUUCGUAAGACAAGCAUCUACUCUGCUUACAAUGUGUGAGCAGGUAAAUGUGUUUGCAAACCGGGUCGCCAAAUCCUCCAACCACGGCUACAAGGACCCCAAAGAAGCCAUGGUCGAUAAACUGCGUCAAGCCUUGGGAGUGAUGCAACAUCACGAUGCAGUGACCGGCACGGAAAAACAACAUGUGGCAAACGACUAUGCGCUAACUCUUUCGGUUGCCUCAAAGUCAUGCCAGACAGUCAUAGCAGAUGCAAUGUUUGAUUUGAUACCUAAUCUUAGAAGCAUGACCGGUGGUGAAAAUCCAGUCUUCUGUGAUCUUCUAAAUAUAAGCUUGUGUGAAGCAACCGAGGGAUGGAAACCAUACUUGAAUGCCCGGGGAGAAGGUGGCGUGUACAUUUUCGUCUACAACCCCACUGGAUGGAAUCUAUGGAGCUCGUGGAUUCGUGUACCAGUCUACAUUGAUCAAUCGCAAGUCACAAGAACUGGCGUAAUUCUAAAAGACCUGCGUGACAUCAGCCAAAAACAACUUCCCUAUCAAUUGCUUCCCAUUACUGACAGAACAAUGCAAAUUCCAGAGCGGAAGUCGUCACGUUAUCUAGCAAAUAUGGAGAUUCUUUUUAAUAUUGCUGCCGCUGGACCACCAGCAUCACCUACAGGCUUCACGACGUUUUAUUUGGCACUGAAACAGCCAUCUCGUCCACAGUUGUCUGAUUUCGCAUUCUUUGAAGACUUUACCUCGUGUUCCGGUGUAGCCCGGUUGUCGCAAACGACUACACUCUCCUUGGUACGUGGUAGCGGAGAAUUCCCUGUGGUGAUCAGUGCAAAUCAUCCACAAUCUGGGACAAACCUGAACAUAACUGUUGCGCUUUUGUAUUACUUUGGUGAAACAGGUGGAACACAAGCAUCCGGUGCCUAUGUGUUUCUUCCAAAGAAUUCCAAUCUCCUUGAAAAAUUUCCUGAUCCAGUAGUCAAUUUCGUUAGAGGCGCAUGUGUGGAAGAGGCACACUUAACCUAUAGCACAUGGGCGUCACUGGUUGUUCGCCUGUACAGUGAUGGAGACUUGGAAGUCGAAUGGACGGCAGGACCCAUACCAGACGGCUGGAGUCAAUUCAGUCGCGAGCUUAUUGUACGAUACACAGUGCAUGGUGAAGGAUUGCAUCCGAAAACAAGCGGUGAAUUUUUCACUGAUUCUUCGGGACGUCGUCUUAUCCGAAGACUUCGUAACCAAAGACCCGAUUGGAAUGUCUCACCAACAUUUGUAGAAACUCAACCGGUCGCUGGCAACUACUAUCCCAUCAUAAACCGCAUUAUGCUCAAAGGCAGUGCAGCCACCGAUAACUCGGUACCUGCGAUGGGAUUCGCCGUCUAUACGGAUAGAGCUCAAGGUGCAAGCAGUCUGCAUGACGGUCAGAUCGAAAUAAUGCUCCAUCGUCGAUUGGUUCGUGACGAUGGUUAUGGAGUGGGUGAGCCACUAAUGGAACAAGGUUCUGAUUCAAAAGGACUCAUCGUUCGCGGUCGUCAUCAUUUGCGUUUGGACGAACUGGCCAUCAUCGAAAAAGAAGACCCGGUUGCAUCGCGACUGUUGACCAGAACUCCCGUGGUUACCUUUGCACCAGUUAAGCAGCCGCCGAGCAGUUCCGGUGAGUGGAAUGCUCUCAACAUUUCUCUUCCGGCUCAGUUGCAUUUGCUAAGUUUGGUCGCCUGGCCAUUGCUGCGAUCGACCGCCCGUCGAACGGCCUCAGAUCAACUGCUCGUUCGUUUUGAACAUUUAAUUCCGGAAAACGGGCUUCCUUUACCAUCAGAGCCGUACCAAUUGGAUGUCACCUAUCUGUUUAAAGGAAUACGGAUUAUAGGUGCAAAAGAGUACACUUUAACAGCGGACCAAGAAAAAGAAGUGGCUGAGGCUCAGCGGUUAAGAUGGCCGACGGAGAAUCCCAAUGAGGCUGUGUGGUCACAUGGACACUACGUUGUGCAAGCCACAGAUGAUAUCAUUCUGUUCUUACCACUGGGCUCAAUUUCCACAUUUAUAUUGGAUUAUGAACAUGCA